AUGGGUCUUGAGCUGAAUGAUGCGUUUGGGUUGAUGGGGAAAGGUAGAGAUAGAAGUAAGGAGGAGCAGGUGUGCAGUAUGAACAAAAAAGCAAGUUGUUUUGGGAAGAGAAUGAACUCUCCUGAUGAAAUGGAGAUUGAGUGUGAAAAGAUCAUAGACAAAAAGGCUGAAUCUCAGGAGACCUUGAUAACUAAACAGAGGAACUUGGAUACUGUGCAUCAGCCAUUAAAUGCGGGAUACCCUGAGAAGGUUCUGACUUCGGCAAAGUCAUUGAGUUGGUCUCUGAAGAUGCUGAUAACUGAAGGCUGUCUGCCGAUAGUGCUCUUAGCAGUAACAGCCAAGAAUCAUUCCUUCAAGGAGAUUCUGAGUGCAUACACUAUGUCCACCAGAGCUGCUAUUUCCAAGUUCUCAUUGCUUCCUGAAUUUCUGACUUUGUCUGUUUCACCUGUGGACAGAAAGCAGAACCAGUCAUUGGAAACACAUCCUGUAGAAGCUAAUACUUCCCUGCCUGUGCUGGUGGAUACAAAGGCUUACCUCUCUUGCCCUUCUAUCGUGUUGACAAAUGGGCUUUUAACAAUUUGGGAAAUAACCCUCCGAGACAAGCCUUUCUGCAUCAGAACCCACAGGAGAGACACAAAUGAGACCAUAGAAACAAACUGCACUGACAAGAGAAUGACCUGGCCCGACAGACCUGACCAGAUCCCUGCCCUUCAGAUUGACCCAGUGGCCAUCACUCAUGAAGGGCAUUACAGGUGUGACGUGGCAGCACCUGAUGGGAAUUUCCAGAAUAACUAUCACCUACGAGUGUUAGUGGCCCCUGAGAUGACUCUGUUUCAAAGCGAGAAUAGAACUGCGGUGUGCAAGGCAGCUGCGGGGAGGCCGGCUGCCCGGAUCUCCUGGACCCCAGCGGGAGACUGUGUCCCUGAGCACAAAGGUUGGGGCAAUGGCACAGUGACUGUCCAGAGCACGUGCCACUGGGCGGAUGGCAAUGUGUCUAUUGUGUCCUGCUCUGUCUCCCAUGAGACUGGCAACUGGAAUCAGUCCAUAGAGCUGAAUCAAGGUGCCAAAACAUCAAAACCCCCAAUUAUUCUAUAUAGCAUCCUUCCUGUUAUUAUCUUAGUCAUCGUGGGAUUCGUUUGGCUUUUGAAAAUCAUUGGCUGCAGAAUAUAUAAAUUGAAAAAAACAGAACCUACUCCAGGUGGUGAGGAGGAUGAAAUGCAGCCCUAUGCCAGCUAUACGGAAAAGAUCAAUCCACUCUAUGAUACUACAAACAGGGUGAAGACAUCUCAGGUGUUACAAAGUGAAGUUGAUGGGAUGAAUCUCCAUACUUCAUAAGUUACUGGAAUCUAGGACCAGGAGAAAUGAAUCAAGAUACAAUGCAGUCACUUUUGAUUUUCUUGUAGAAAGGAAGACCUGUUACAAAAUUGGAUUUUCAAAUAGUCUUUGAAGAUAGAGAUGUUCUAAAGGAUUUGCAUUAAUAUCUUUAUACAAUUGAAAUUUUAUAAUCUUAGCUGCUAAUAGCUAGUUCUCUGAAGAAUUGAUAUUAUUAUAAAGAAAGGACAUGCUCAUGAUUAAAUAUUCAAAUUGUUCAGUACAAUAGGUAAUGAAAGCUUGUUUCCUCAAUAAAUAAUUCUGCAGAAGGAACAUUCAUUAACAGGUUUUAUGCAUUCUUUCAGAAAAUUUCUGUGCCUAAGAUAUAUUUAUAUACCCAUGGUAUAUGUGAGUAUUAUAUGUCUAUUUACAUAUUAGUAUAUAUACAUAUAUCCUUGAUGCACAAAUGAGAAAGUGCUACAAUGCUGUUCUGUACUUAUAGAAAGCUAAUAAUAUAAUAUGUCUUGUUAUCUUUUAUCUUUUAUCCACAUAAGCAGAGCUACCUCAUUCUUCUUAAUUGUUAGAUAAUAUUUCAUUGUAUGAUUGUGUUGUAAUUUAACUAACCACAGCUCUUGUGAUGGACAGUUAAAUUGUUUUAAGUCUUGUUUGUUUGUUUUGCUAUGAUAAACAAUACCAUACAGAAUGUUUCUUCUGGAUACGUCUUUGUAGUUGUUUGAGUAUAUUUAUAGAGUGAUGUCCUUGAGUGGAGUUUACAGGUCAAAAGUUUUGUGUAUUUUUAUUAUUGAUUGAUUUGUCAAAUUAUAUCUAUUUACAUUCCCUCCAGCUGUAUUUGAAUGUGCCUGUCCCCAUACUGUUAUUUUAAUAUC